AUGCUUCAUGCGAUUCGGUUUAUACGCCUCCCAGACUCGAUGGGGAUAAACAUUCCACAAGGUCCCUCGUCGAUCUUUCCGCAGCCCAUCCAGCACGGAACACGCACUCGACACCUGAGCACUCGCGCCGACUACCGUUUGAUUUCCGGCAAGCGUAUAACUUUUCUCAUGUGCGUCGUGGGCAUCUGCUCAACAUUGCUUCUGUGGGUGACCUCGAACUCAACAGUUCUCUUGGAUUCGACAAUAAGCCAGAGGAACGCUAUCGCGCGUGAUCGCGGUCUGAGAAUAUUCACUUGCAUCCUCUCAACAAUCACAGCCGUGAUAGUGAGAUAUCACGUGCACCGUCAGAUGGCUACCUUCUCGCCGUACAUUCUCUUCCUAUUGUCGACGAGCACGAUUCUCAGUCUCGGCAGCUUUUUCAACUACGUACUCCUUGUCAACUGGUCCAAGUCUCGCGAUUUCCAGAGAAUCACUUUGUUCGGAACCGCCUUUUUAUUCCUGUUCAACUCGCUAUCUGCUUUUGUAUACGUCCGUUUCGGUCGUAUCGUAGCCAUCAUUGAUCACCCGGUUCCAGCAGCAAACACUGCCCCUAUCGACGAUCCCCCGCCCAAAUACGAGGAAGUGACGAAAAUCUCUUCCUUUUAG